AUGGAGGCUUUUGUUGGAGCACUUCUCUCAGCUUCUAUGGAUAUGUUCCUGAAAAAGAUUGCUUCUGGUGAGUUUGCUGAUUUAUUUCGGAGGACUCAGCUUGACGAAGCAUUGUUGGAUGAGAUAGAUACAACUAUGGCGAGUCUUCAAUCUCUACUUCAUGAUGCUGAGAACAAGCAGAUCAAUAAUCCUGGGGUGAAGAAGUGGCUGAAUAAGUUGCAUGAUGCUGUCUUUGAAGCUGAAGAUUUGUUUGAUGAAAUCAACACUGAGGCAUUGCGGCGCAGUGCGGAAGCUAAUCAGGUUCUUAAAAAGUUUUCUUCUUAUUUCAAAAGGUUUAAUAAAGAGAUCAAUUCUAAACUGUCAAAGUUAUCUGCAAAACUGAAACACGUGAAAAACCAAAAUCCUGGACUGAACGUAGCUGAUUUUUCCACCUGUGUUGUGAAUGUAACUCCUACAACUCCUUUUUUGGUAAAAGAAACAGAUAUUAAGGGUAGGCUCGAUGACAAAAAUAAACUUAAGGAGUUUCUGCUGUCAGAGGAUGGUUGUGAUAGUGAACAAAAAAUAGGAGUGAUUUCCAUUGUAGGCAUGGGUGGGUUAGGAAAAACAACACUAGCUAAACUCCUUUACAAUGAUGAUCAUGUGAAGGACAAGUUUAAGGUGAGAGGGUGGUCACACAUUCCAAAAAAGUUUGAUCUUGUCACUGUCACUAAAACUAUUCUUGAGUCUGUCACUUCAGAAACAAUCACAGAGACUAACUUUGUUAAACUCCAACUGCAAUUGGAGCAAAGUUUAAGUAACAAAAAGUUUUUGUUAGUAUUGGAUGAUAUGUCGCAUGGAAACUAUGUUGAUUGGAAUAGUCUAAGUGAUAUCUUUAAUGUUGGGCAAACAGGAAGUAAGAUCAUCAUCACAACUCGAGAUGAAAGAGUUUUACUACCCAGGCUAAAAUCUCUUGAUGUCCACCAUUUAAGAUAUUUGGGAAGUGAAGAAUCCUGGUCUUUACUAGCCACACAUGCAUUUGUAGAAAAAAACUGCGAACAAUACCCCAAUCUAGAAAAAGUUGGUAUAGAAAUUGCCAAAAAAUGUUGUGGUUUACCAUUAGCUGUAGUAGCACUUGGGGGUAUUCUUCGCCAAAAAUUGUCACUUGAUCAUUGGAGUGAUGUGUUAAACAGUAGUAUUUGGGAACGGACAAGUGGUGAUGUGCAACCAUCUCUACUAUUGAGCUAUCGUUACCUUCCAGCUUAUCUAAAAGGAUGCUUUGCCUUUUGUUCAAUUUUUCCAAAGAACUCAAUCUUAGGGAAAGAGACGAUGGUUCAGUUGUGGAUUGCAGAAGGCUUAAUAGCUCAGCCGAAAAGUGAGAAAAGUUGGGAAAAAGUAGCUGAAGAAUACUUAGAUGAGCUAGUGUCGAGGUCUUUGAUACGUGAACAGUUCAUUGAUGAUGAGUCAAAAGAUUUCUUUGGUGAUGAGGAAGUUUACUAUGAAAUGCACGACCUGAUUAAUGAUUUAGCUAUGGCAGUCUCAUCUCCAUAUUGCACUAGGCUAGACAAAUAUAAGCCAGAUGAAAGUGUAGAUAAAAGCGCGAGACACUUGUCUUUCGACAGUGAAGAAUAUGAUUCAUACGAUAAAUUUGAAAAAUUCCAUGGAUUAAAAGGUUUACAAACCUUUGUAUCUCUCCCAUUGCAAGAAUCAUAUAGGUAUGCUGAUUUUGUAUCGUCCAAGUUACUUUCUGACCUAUUUUCAACAAUGACACAAUUACACGUGUUGUCAUUUUCAAACUACCAAGAUAUCACUGAAUUGCCCAACUCUAUUGAAAAUUUGAUAUAUCUGCGAUACUUGAAUCUCUCUAACACUAGGAUUAAAAGGUUGCCUUCAAAAACAUGCAAGCUUUACAAUUUGCAGACUUUAUUGUUGUCAUGGUGCUACGAACUCACUGAAUUGCCAAAGGACAUGGGGAAAUUGGAGAAACUACGCCACCUUGACAUCAGAGGCACUAAGUUGAAGGAAAUGCCUGUACAAAUUUCCAAAUUAGAAAAUCUGCAGAUAUUGUCGGACUUUAUUGUUAGCGGCAUUAACGAAGUUGGAUUGAAGAUUGAAGAUCUUGGAAAAUAUCCCCAUCUUCGGGGAAGUCUUUCCAUCUCAAAACUUGAAAAUGUAAUUGACCCAUCCCAUGCUUGUGAAGCAAAUUUGGAGAUGAAGAAAGAAAUUGACAAGUUGAGACUAAAAUGGUCUGAUACCGCUCCUUCAAACUCAGAAACACAAAGUGUUGUAUUGGAACAGCUACGUCCGCCAAGAAGUUUGAAGCGUCUGAUCAUCUCCGGAUACAGUGGUGACAAAUUACCAAAUUGGUUGGGCGAUCCUUUGAUGAUUAGUCUAAAUUCUCUUCAAAAGAUAACCUUAGACAACAUUCCAUCUCUAACAUCCUUUCCGAGAGACGGUCUUCCCAAAACCUUACAAUCUAUCAUGAUUCUUAGAUGUGGGAAUUUGGAGUUCCUUUCUCAUGAAUCUUUUCACAAAUACACAUCACUGGAGAAUUUGGAAAUAAGCUAUAGUUGUGAUCCAAUGAAUUCGUUUACCUUGUGCUCUUUCCCUGUCCUAAAAAAACUAGAUAUUGUUGGUUGUUAUCAUUUAAAAUCCAUAUUAAUUGCAGAAGAAGCAUCGAAAGAGAAUCUCUUGUUUCUUAAAACCAUCCAAGUACAUAGUUGCUAUGAACUGGAGUCGGUUUCCCUAAGCGGAUUGCCAAUUCCUAACCUCAGUCGUCUAACUGUGUGGAAUUGUAACAAGUUACGUUCUCUACCUGAAUCAAUAAAGACUCUAACUAGCCUGCAAUUCAUGGAGAUUGGCCACCUUCCAAAUCUGCAAUCGUUUUCCAUAGAUGAUUUGCCUAUCAGCUUACAGGAAUUGGAGGUUACAGAUGUUGGAGGGAUUUUGGGGAAUACAACUUGGGAACAUCUCACUUCUCUUUCAAAGCUGGAUAUUCGGGGUGAUGAUGAUAUUGGGAAGGCGCUGAUGAAUAUGGAAGUUCUAUUUCAACCCACUAAUCUUGAUUCCUUAUAUAUCUCUUUUCUUGAAGAUAUAGAAUGCCUGGGGAAGUGGCUUCAACAUCUCACCUCUCUCCAUACGCUUCAUAUUGAGUAUGCACCCAAGCUAAAGUCGUUGCCAGAAAAGGGGGAGUUGCCUUCCUCUCUUAAAGAAUUGCAUAUCAGACGGUGUCCGUUAUUGAAAGAAAACUUGCAGAGGAAGCAAGGGAUAGAGUGGAGUAAGAUUUCUCACAUUCCCAAAAUAUAUAUAGACUACCAAAUCAUCCAAGUUUUGGCUCCAUUUGGGUUCAAAUUGAAAUGA